GUUGGCUCUUGGCUGGCUCUCUGCUCUCGGCGUGAACGGGAACUCUUUCGCCUUGACUGUCGAGCUCUGGCGGCAAUGGCGGAAGAGUCUUGGUAGCCAAUUUUUUUUACUGUUUCCAUUCUUUUCAUCUCUCGUUUAACUGAUUCUCGGCAACCAUGCGCUCCAAGGACAAAAUCGCAUAUUUUUAUGAUGGGGACGUGGGUAGUGUUUACUUUGGACCAAACCAUCCCAUGAAACCGCACAGGCUGUGUAUGACCCACCAUCUUGUUCUUUCUUAUGACCUUCACAAGAAGAUGGAGAUUUAUAGGCCUCACAAGGCAUACCCCAGUGAGCUGGCUCAGUUCCAUUCCGAGGAUUAUGUUGAAUUUCUACAUCGGAUUAGACCUGAUACGCAGAACUCGUUCAGAACUGAAUUAGCUAGAUUUAAUCUUGGAGAAGAUUGCCCUGUUUUCGAAAAUCUGUUUGAAUUUUGUCAAAUUUAUACUGGAGGAACUAUAGAUGCGGCUCGCAGAUUGAAUAACCAACUAUGCGAUGUUGCUAUCAAUUGGGCUGGUGGAUUACAUCAUGCCAAAAAAUGUGAGGCGUCUGGAUUUUGUUACAUCAACGACUUGGUCCUAGGGAUCUUAGAGCUUCUUAAACAUCAUGCUCGGGUUCUGUACAUAGACAUAGAUGUUCAUCAUGGAGAUGGUGUAGAGGAGGCCUUUUAUUUCACGGACAGGGUGAUGACAGUCAGUUUUCACAAGUUUGGGGAUUUGUUCUUCCCUGGAACUGGUGACGUUAAGGAAAUAGGAGAAAGAGAAGGGAAGUUCUAUGCCAUCAAUGUUCCACUCAAAGAUGGAAUAGAUGACACAAGCUUCACCCGCCUUUUUAAAACUAUAAUAUCAAAGGUCAUAGAAAUCUAUCAACCAAGUGCUAUAGUUCUUCAAUGUGGAGCAGAUUCGUUAGCUGGGGACCGCUUAGGCUGUUUUAAUCUCUCGAUUGAUGGUCAUGCUGAAUGUGUCAAGUUUGUCAAGAAAUUCAACCUUCCUUUACUGGUUACUGGAGGCGGAGGAUAUACAAAGGAGAAUGUAGCUCGGUGUUGGACAGUUGAAACAGGGGUUCUGUUGGAUACUGAACUACCCAAUAAGAUUCCUCAAAAUGAGUACUUGGAAUAUUUUGCCCCUGACUAUUCGCUGAAGAUUCCAAGUAGACUCAUAGAGAAUUUUAACAGCAAAUCUUAUCUUAGCACCAUUAAAGUGCAAGUAAUGGAGAAUUUGCGGCACAUACAACACGCUCCAAGUGUGCAGAUGCAAGAGGUGGGGACUCUUCUCUCUAUAUUCAGCAAAAGUAGUGUUCAAUAUAAAUCCUUGCUUGUUUGGUCUUUACGUUCCCUGUUCAUUUUAUGUUUCUUUAAAUAUCCUAACGAGAAUGAGUUCUGCAGGUUCCACCCGACUUUUAUAUCCCCGACUUUGACGAAGAUGAGCAGAACCCAGAUGAACGAAUGCAUCAGCAUACACAAGACAAGGAAAUCCAGAGGGAUGAUGAGUACUACAACGGAGACAAUGACAACGAUCACCCGGCUGGAUCAUGAAGCGCAUUCGGACGGGAUUCAGUGACUGUGGGUCUGUAGCUAUUUGUUCAGAAGAUUACUACUCCCUGCCCUGAUUUAGGGGUUGACUGAACUCAUCAAACUUAAACUUUGCAUAUCUUGUAUUGUAUGUAGCAUAUCAUGCCAUGCUUUUGUAACUCCGCCUGGGGAAUGCUCUAUUUAUGAAAUGCAAGGAUUAGUGGAUGAUACCCGUUCCGUCUAGUGGAUAGUGGUAAUCCUUGAACUAGUUGCAGGUUCGAAUUCAUUAAGCCGUAUGUAAUCUCAAAAAAAGGAAAUUUUCUCUCUAUAUUGGCGAUUAGGAUUUGGAAAGCGUCCAGCAGAGUGUUUUUUCCCCUCAAAAUUUCCUCCUGCUACCGUGCAAAUUUUGGAGAACGGUGGGUUGUUUAUUGGGAAGGACAAUUUCCCCAAUUUCCCUCCUUGACUUUCGUUCCCCCUGUUCUCUUCCCUUCCAGAAAAGAGAGGGUAAAUGGAAAAGAUGGCAAAGUCGCCGCCUUUGGACUCUUUCCUACCCACAAAUUCCUAUCAUUGAGACCUGCAGCGGACUGUUUGAUUGCGCGCGCAGCGUAACUGCGAAGGAAAGCAAACUGAAAAGGUUUUGAGAUUGGACGGCUGUUCCCUCUCUGACGUCUUCCCGCGAAACCGAACGGAGUAACGGUAUACCCAAAAAAAGGUUUCAUGAAACUGUGAAGUUGGGGACUUUUUAUAUUAGCUACAAGGAAUCCAACAAUGGCUACUGCUGAAGCGAUUUUCCGAACUGGGUUGCCGCGGCUUCGUCAUUUCGAUCCUUCGUUUAAUUGUUCAAGCUCGCUCCUUUCUGUAAAUCCCGCCGAUGGUCGCUCCAGAAGCAGGAGGAAUCAUGGUUCCAAAGCUUUAGUAAAAUGCCCUGCCAAGGUUCACGCACGAGGAGGGAACACUGAUGCCCUUUCCUUUGGGAGGAUCAAUAAGUUCGCUGGAAGACAGGAUUCUAGCAGAUGCAAAUGCCAGCAGCAGUCGGAAACUUUUGGCAGCGAUGGUGGUAGUGGAGGGAUGUCAAUUCCUGUGUUUGACGUUAAUGGUGGUCAGGAGUUUGCACUGCAGCAGCAAUUAAAACCAGAAAAUGGAAACGUUGUGGUAGGGGGAAAUGGUGCAUUGAUGGAUGGAAAUGGAACAGCUACAACUAAUACAGAUGGCCAACCGAAGGGUUCUUCUUCGAAUCCAAUUGAGGAUGAAGCUUGGGACUUGCUUCGUGCCUCUGUUGUUUACUACUGUGGUAACCCUAUUGGAACCAUUGCUGCUAAUGACCCAAACAGUAGUACUGUAUUGAACUACGAUCAAGUCUUUAUUCGCGACUUCAUUCCUUCUGGAAUUGCGUUCCUUUUGAAAGGGGAGUAUGAUAUCGUGAAGAACUUCAUUCUUUACACUCUUCAAUUACAGAGUUGGGAGAAAACCAUGGAUUGUUAUAGCCCUGGUCAAGGGCUAAUGCCAGCUAGUUUCAAGGUUCGAACUGUUCCUCUUGAUGGUGAUGAGGAUGCCAGUGAAGAAGUCUUAGAUCCGGAUUUUGGUGAAGCUGCAAUUGGUCGUGUUGCACCAGUUGACUCUGGAUUAUGGUGGAUUAUACUCUUGCGAGCUUAUGGAAAAUGCUCGGGCGAUCUCUCGAUGCAAGAGAGAGUGGAUGUACAAACUGGGAUCAAAAUGAUUUUGAAACUGUGUCUUGCCGAUGGCUUUGAUAUGUUCCCAACUUUGUUGGUCACGGAUGGUUCUUGUAUGAUUGAUCGGCGCAUGGGAAUUCAUGGGCAUCCUUUAGAGAUUCAGGCCCUCUUUUAUUCAGCUCUACUAUGUGCACGUGAGAUGCUUGCUCCAGAGGAUGGUACAUCUGAUCUCAUUAGGGUCCUCAACAACCGUCUGGUAGCCUUGUCAUUCCACAUCAGAGAAUAUUACUGGAUUGACAUGAGAAAACUGAAUGAAAUAUACCGUUACAAAACCGAGGAGUACUCUUAUGAUGCGGUCAAUAAGUUCAACAUCUACCCAGAUCAGAUUCCUCCCUGGUUGGUUGAGUUCAUGCCCAGUAAAGGAGGCUACUUGAUUGGAAACCUGCAGCCUGCUCACAUGGACUUCCGCUUCUUCUCUCUGGGGAACUUGUGGUCCAUAGUGAGUAGUCUUGCAACCGUGGAGCAGUCUCAUGCUAUAUUGGAUCUGUUUGAAUCGAAAUGGGAAGAUUUAGUGGCUGAGAUGCCUUUCAAAAUCUGCUACCCUGCUCUUGAAGCCCAAGAAUGGAGGAUCAUCACGGGCAGUGAUCCAAAGAACACACCCUGGUCUUACCAUAAUGGUGGUUCUUGGCCAACUUUGCUUUGGCAGCUCACUGUGGCAAGCAUCAAGAUGAACAGACCGGAGAUCGCAGAAAGGGCAGUUGAGCUUGUCGAGAAGCGGAUCUCCAGAGACAAAUGGCCGGAAUACUACGAUACCAAGCGAGGGAGAUUCAUCGGAAAGCAGUCGAGGCUGUUCCAAACGUGGUCGAUUGCAGGGUACCUGGUAUCGAAGCAGCUUCUUGCCAACCCUGAUUCAGCAAAGAUUCUGGUGAACGACGAGGAUUCUGAGCUCGUGAAUGCCUUGUCUUGCAUGAUCGGUGCCAACCCUAGGAAGCAGCGUGGCAGGAAAGCAUUCAAGCAGCCGUUCAUUGUGUGAACGAAUGGAGGAUCCAGUUUGUCAUGUUUAACUGAUCAUGAAUCUGGGGAGAGUUCGUUAUGUCAUUAGGUUGGUUUUAAAAGGUUGUAUUGUUUCAACCCGGUGUAGGUUACUGACUGUAAAUAUUCUGCAUUCCUUUUGGGAUAGGAUAGUUAUGAGUUUGGUUAUAAUACUACUGUAAAUUUGCC